AUGACGAAGCGACGCAGUAGUCUCAGCCAACCGGAAUUUCGAUCUAGAAACGACAGCCAGUGCAGCGCUCUGCGUCGAAAAAGCAUUACCGAAGAAUAUCCGAGGCCAUCAGUGCUUGGCGGACGCAAGUUUUGA